AUGGCGCCUGUUGCUUUGUCGUUUGUUGUUCGCUUCAGUUCCGAGGUAAGAAAUAUCGCCAAUGAAUCUUACUUCUGCUGUAUUUAUAAGUUUCAGUUUUUAUAUUAAUGCUUAAGCUGUAAUAACUUAUUGUUUUAUUAGGAUGCCAUCUUUAAAGCUGAGAAUCUGUGCAAAGGUAAAGCCGACGGCAUGAGCACUUGGAAAAUCGCAAAGGAAGACAUGAAUUGUGGUCGAAUAGAGGCUGAAUUUCAACUGGAAAAGGCUUCCUACAUAAGCCACAUUGAUAUUGGUGUGUAUCAAUAAUUAAUUACGAUAUUUUGGGCUAAAGUUUGCCAUUAUGGUUUGAACAAUAAUACACAACUGCGCUGUUUACAUGCACCUAGGCUGUUUUGUUUGAUUUGACACAAAACCUAAAAGGCUUCUUUGAUAUACCGUAAUCGGGGUCUCUCGUUUCUUUGGUGAUUUGUUUGUGGAGGAAUUUGCAGGUUUGCCUAAAACCAUUCGGCGAAUCAUUCGGCAUUCGGUGUGGACUUUCCGAAGCCUAUUCCGGGUUUUAGGCAAAGCCCAAGGCACGGGGCAAGGGGGGUUGUUUAACAACUGACUUGAUCUGCCGCGAGGGAACGCCGCGAGGUGCUGCCCAGAACUUUACCCAAGAAAAACUUUGAGUUAAAGCCCUAAAGGAUAAGAAUCUGGACAUUGCAUGAGGUUUAUUUGAUCCCUGAAAGAUGGCAUUUUAAACAAAAACACAAAUGUGGUCUAUAAUUAAGGCUUAUAGUUAAAGACGUUUUAAUAUUGAAUGCCUUCUCUUUUUUUUUCCCUGCUAUUUUUCUUUUGCUUUCUUUAUUUCGCUAUUCUCAGCCCUGACAAAGACCUCAAAUGAGACAAGAUAGUGGUGUUCUUUCCUGAUCACCCUAGGUGAUACAAAAAUCUGUUAUUUAAACUCCCAAGAGAGGCAACAAUCAUCUGUGCUCCUUUAAUAUGGAUUACCCCCCUAACCCUAAGGAUGAUAAACUGUCUUUGCAUUACAAACUGCUUCUAUAAUCAAGCUAGGUCAAGUAUUCCCCCAUAGAUUCUAUUACUGAACAGUUAAUAUUAAAGUAGAAUCGUAGAAUAAGGGCCACAACUGGUGUUACAAAUUAAUAGACCACUCCUGAGUUCCAAAAAACUCUCAUUUACAAUUAAAUCAAGGCAAAGUACAAAAUCUUUCUUGUAAAAAUUAGUUAAAUUGCCAUGAGAAUCUGGCUUUUAUUCAGACGUGGAGCCUGUUUCAAAAUAUUCUCCUGCAAGGUUACACCGUUCUCUCAAUACUAGAAUUCUUACUGUAAACCUUUACUUAGCCUUGCUUUGAAACAAAUUCUGGCGCAAACUAGGAAAUGGUCUAUUCAAAUCUUUAUUCCCACAUUCAUUGCAUGCGAGCAGUGAAAUUUAAUGUGAUUUUUGAGGACUAUAGUAAACUGUACCUGUUCAGAAUGCUAGCGUUCAUUGUCUUCCACUUGUUCAGUAUAUAUAUCUUGGCCAGGUGAUGAUCUCACUUUGUAAUUUGUUAGGUAACUGUGGCUCUGCAUUCAUUGAGAUCCUGGUUGGAAACUCUAUGUGGUCUCAGAACAAGCCUUAUGUAACCUUGCUACCUUCAGCUAUGCUUAUGAGUCCAAAUGAAUGUAAACACUGGAUCAAGACACACACUGUUAGAAUGUUCAAUCAGAGUAUGUAUUUUAAUAUUUUGUCAUCAGGGCUGAGUUGCUCAAAGCAUGGUUAGCUUUAACCAUUGGUUAAGCAGUAUCAAAACCAAUACGUUGUCAAGGUAUUAAACGCUGGUUAACGCUAACCAUGCUUCGAGCAACUGGGCCCAGCUUUGCAGUUUGUUAUAAAUGAUAAAACAUUAAUAACUAUGUGAUUUGUAAAAAGCAGCAUGGUUGAGUUGUCCGCAGAAUAGCCUCGUAAUCCAAAUGUCCUAGGUUCAUUUGUCUCACUCUGGCCAGUUGUAUCUCACUAGCUUUGAAUUUACCUCCUCUGUCACACUGUAUUGUGCAAGAUGCAGCAAAAAGAGUUUUUUUAGGUCAUGUAAAUACAAUAAAUGGACCUGAACAAUUUCCAACUUAUUUAUGCAGGUGCCUUUUCCAAACAAGCCCUAGGAAGUCAGUGGGAUCGAAUAAGAGUUGUCUGCCGUCAACCAUACAGGCAUGAUAAACAAUUUGGACUGUCCUUUUUGAGGAUGGGGUCUGUUCCAGAUGAUCUAGGAACAGAAUCUCCUGAAGGGGUGUCUGGCAUAGCAGUCACACCCACAUCGACAAAGCAGUCUGAUGAAGAAACCGAUGAGGAUGGUGUAAUGCGACUAAAGAAGGCUUCUGGGUUAAUGGGAUGCCUAAGGUACAAGAAACUUCCACUGACUGUUUAAAUUAGUUCAAAUAUUUAUUUUUCAACCAAUAUUUUGCCAAAUGGUCAACCCCACAGUUGGAGACAUGAACUGUUAGUGAUCCUGGCCACUGACAUCUUGGUUUGUUCAGUUUGCAAAACACUGGUCUGUGAGGCUGGAGUUCUAGCAAACAUCAAAAAGUGAUAGAUCAUGCUGGUUGUGAUUAAGUGCCUUAUUUUUUAGCUUUCUCCUUCAUUGCUCUUAGUCAAAAGAUUACAAAAAACGGUAACCAACACUGCUGCUCAAAGAAAGCAGGCAUGUAGAGCCUAAUGGUGUGGCAUACCUUUUAUAUUACUUCAUUUUAAAGUGGAAGUAGCAGUGAGAUCGGUGACAGAAAUAUUUCUUGGGAACUGACUGAAAGAGGCUGUUGCCUUCUUUGUGGUAGUUAAUCUCGCUGAAAAUGUGAACAAGACCUGUGUUGUCUGCUAAUUUUUCACUCACUGUGGUGGUGAUAACCUUUAAACAACCAUUUUACAGGAGUUUAGAAAAGGAUAGCCCACCAGAUGUCUCGCUAAAUAGAGCAGGAAAAAUGUUGCAGGCUGCUUUAGAUGGUAGAUCCUCAGGAACACCAAGAAACAACAUAAAGAACAAGAGAUCACUGUCUCACGCAUCUGCAGAGAUUUCAUCCAGUCCUGAAAGUCCUUUCAAGAGAAGAAACUCUCAAUCACCUUGUGAAGGUUUGUUUAUAUUUGCCAGGUAUUACUUGUUAGUAUUAAUUACUAUUAUUACAGGGAUUAAUAAUUACAAUGCUCCUUGGAAUUAUUCCAAGGAGCAUUGUAAAUUGAAAACAGGCCUACCAAGGUCACAGCUGUAUUGUACAGUAUAAACAAUAGGUGCCUGACCAGCUGGCAGCAGGAAAAUAACUGCUCUCAUUGCUUGCAAUUCCUGUAACUUUGAGCCAUGAGACCAUGCAGAGGCCAGGAACCCCUCUCACAAGAAAAAAUAUUAGACAAGGAAAAAAAAGGAGACGAUAAAUGUACCUUAAAAUUCCAUAGAAAAUCUGCAACACUACCCGGCAUUUAAAUAUGCUGCAUUUAUGCUUAGUGAGCUAUCACGUGUCAGCAUUCUGAUACCACGGACACCACAUGUGUACAAUGCACUCUUUUGAACACUUCAUAAGCUUAAAGUUACAUCACUACAGGGGAACCUCAAUAUAAAUGAUAUGUUAGCGUAAAAUAAAAGUUAAUGUUGGCAAGCAAUAACCUGUGAGCCUGCUGAUCGCUGUGGUUUUACCCCACAUGGUAUCUCCUUAUUUGGCACUUUGUCUUGUAUAUUAUGCUAUAUGCCCUCUCAGUCAGCAACUUUCUUCAAUCGCUGCAAGUUCAAGCAGUAGAGUUAAUGUCCUAAUGAAAUACUCUGCCCUUCUUUGUCAGUGCGCCGUAACAUUAAUGAACCUCUAUUUGAAGUCCAUGGUAUAACAAAUGGUAUUCCUAGCCCUAGUAAUUGUAAAGGUUAGCAUUGGUACUAACGUAGUGAUGCAACUCUAAGUAUCAAUUUAGGGGAACAGGAUGCCUUCAGCAGGUAGAGAGUUUUUGAUCAAUAGGGUUUCGAUUUAGAAGAUCUAUUUUGCAAUAACAUGUGUUAAAUAGCCAUUUUUGUGAAGUGAUUUUACCGCAUGGAAAUUCAUGAUCACUGGUUGAUGGGAAACAAAACAGAGACUGGUAUAUACUUUCCACCUUUCAGUAUUGUGCUCAUUUUAUGCAAGUCUUAUGCACAGCUACAUCAACAGUUGGCAGUAGCGCAGUUAUAUAAUGAAACCUCCUUAUAGCGAAUACAUUUUGUCAUCCUCAUGGCCCUUUGUUAUAUUGACUGAGGACUUCCACUGUAUAUUCACUGUAAAAAGAAAGUUUUUAACCUCCAUGGUGAGGAAAACCAGCAAAUUACUGAAAACAUUAUUUAACUGCUAAAAUUUACUUUCAGGACCAAGUGAUAAGAAGAAGAAAAAGAAGGAGGAAAGAAAAUAUAGCCUUACUGGGGAUGUAAGAUUGUCAUAUUAAUGUUUAUUAUUGUUGUUUAAUGCAUUAUUAAUGUGUUGCUUAGCAAUCAUUCAUGAUGCAUUUAAUACCCUCUUGUGUAUUGUUUAACCCUUUAAGUCCCAAUAGUGACCAACAUCAAUUUUCUCCUAACAAUAUCCAUACAAUGUCAAGAGAUUAGGUUAUGAGAAGUAACAAAGUGAUCACCUAGGAGACAACGCUUUCAUCUUUUAUCAAUUUCUCUCAACCCAUCCAUGAAGGAAAUCUAUAGAGAUCAGUGUGGAGAAUUUGUAUGUGGAUAUUGGGGCUUAAAGGGUUAAAGGGGUUUUCAAUAAUUGAAUAAAAAUAAUAUCAGAAGUAUGCCUUAAGAAUCUAUAUUUAUGAAAUAUUGUUUCAGACAGUUUUAAGAAAUUUGCCUUAAAAUCUUAAAAUAACUAAUUAGAACAGUCAGAUGUCAUCUAGUGCUUGGGACUGUUAAAUGUAUUUUGGAUACAUUUUUGAAAAGGGAUUUUAAUUUAGUGGUUCCUCUAAAAAUAAUCUCUUUGAGGUACAGUAAGUAAGUGUUUGCUUGUCUUGGUUUAUUGAUGUUUUCAUCCUAGAUUGGUGAGAUCUUGCUGAUUAUCCUAUUUCUUUUUUUGAUAGAUUCAUGAUGAAGUUGCUUUAUUUCUAGAAGAAAUUGAUUUUACCAGAAUGGACCUUGAAAAAAUUACCUUUAAAGGUGCAAAAGUGAAUGUUGUUCAAAUUUGUGUUAUGGUGAAAACUGGCACAUUACAGCUGGUGACAAAGAAAAUCCCCUUGUUCCCCCAUCCAUGAGAAUCUUGCAAAUGUUAAAAGUGUUAUGAGUAAAGAGAUUGAGAACAUCCUACUUCGAACAAGAGCAGAGUAUAUUCUGAUGUACACAACAAUCAUGUGAUCCAAUUGCACAGGACAACCAAUCAUAACAAAAACAUUAUUAUUUUCUAAGUACUUUCAACAAGUGUUACCCUCUAUAAAAACCACUGUAUGAAAUGCACAGCUAAGCAAGUUCAUAAAAAUGAAAAAUAAAAUGGAGGUACUGCAAUUGAGGAAAAACUGGCAUAAGGAAGUUCUUAUCUUGAGGUGUGGGAUAAACAUAGCAGACUUAAAUGCCCACAUCUUUUUUUAAGUGAUGUUUGUAUCUUAAGUGCUAUAGUGAGUACAUCUUGAGACAAACUACAAAUGAGUUAAAGUCACGUGAGUGUUCUUAUUUUCACAGAUUUAAGGAGCCAAAUGGAAUCACAGAGGGGAUGUGCCCUUACUAAGCUGGAGAAAAAAGUGUUUCUUGAGGUACAAGUCAGUCCUUUGGUGGUGUCGUGUUUAACUUGAAUGGGCCCUAAAACGGCUUUAGGGACCAAAAACAAACUUCUCCCUUUACAUGCUUGUGUUUUAAUAUUGGUUCUUUUUGUUUUUGUUUUUUUUUUUUGCUUUAGAUGGCUAAGGCUGAAAUCGAGAAAUUAACACCGGCAGAAGAAGAUCUAGAGGUAGGAGUCAUCCUCCAGUACCAUCAGAUUGUUGUUAUGUCUUUAAAAUUAUUAUUAUACUAGAAAGAAUUUUCCUGGAAAAUUCUGAGAUCCAAGUGUUAGUGUAAGUCGUAAGUUCUUAGUGGCCCACUACAGUGCACUGUGUCUCUAGUAUUUCAUGUAAAGUAAAUACAUUGGAUCAAAUUAUAUUCUUUGUAAUGUUGUAAGUUGUAGUACUUUUAAACUAUCUUUGCUUCUCUAUAUGCUUAUUUGAAGGGUGAUGUUGCCGAACUGUCCAGAAGUGAUCCUCAAGACAGCCCAACUUUGAACAAGAAAGUCACCAAAGAAACAUAUGAAAAGAAUAAAUGUCCUAAUCAAAGGUCUGUUGUAACAGUAGUGUGAACUGUAUCUCAAAUAACCUUUUCAACGCAAUCAAAGUUAAAAUGUUUACCGUGAUACAGCACAUCAAUGGCUACAAUUAGCAGGUAAACACACAAGUCACAGAUAGUAGUGUCCAUAGUUAUUAGAGGAGACUGGUUAUGAAAAGCGACAAACAUCAAUGAUAAAAACAACAGUGCUGCAGUUUAUGUUCAAAGCACCGUGAAAGUGCACAAUCCUUUGUUUUCUGUUGGCAAAUUGUUACGGAAUAAAUUAAUGCAACGUUUUUAUUGGUCGAUACAAUCAAAAUGAUACGAAUUCUUUUGAACGUUGUGCACUUUCAGGUCCACAAAAACAUAUAACAAAGGAGUCUGAUGGGUUUCAUAACCAUUCCACUCAAUUAACUAUGGUAGUGUCUUACAAUACUUGUUACGUACUAAAUGUAAUGCUUGAUUAGUCCAAAAAACAUUUAAGUUAGUCUUUGUACUAUCUAUGUUUGAACUAACUGCUCAUUGCAAAAAUAUUUCCAAUUUCUGAUGCAUUGAAUGUUGACAUUAAUGGACCAUUUUUCAACUGCAGAAAAAGAACUGUCCUAAAAGAAGGAGUCAGAAAAAAUACAAAGCCACUUUCAACACAGUCUUCUACUUCAACAGUCCCAGCACAUGAGAUCAAAGGCCAGUAUAUUGCUAAACCUCCUGAGUUAAUUCCUCUUGAUGAUGUACAAGAUACUGAUUUCCCUGUUAGCUCAACAAGAGUUCUUGUGGAAGAUGAUGAUGAUCUCCCGUCUAUGUUGUACUCAAGUUUUGAAAGCAAACACCCUGAGAAGGAAAAGCCCUUCUAUGCUGCAGAGUUCCAGUUAUCACCUGUCAAGGAUAAAGAAUCAACUUCCUUUGUGGAAUGCCCACUAUGCAACAGACUCUUUCCAGCAAAAGAGGUUGAAUUCCAUGCUUCCUUUUGUAUUGGUGACUCGGAUGCUGCACCCAGAGUCACAGAGCCCGAGGUUGAGUUUUUGCCAUGUCCAAUUUGCUCAAAGCUAUUUCCAGUGACUCAGAUAGAGCAACAUGCAGAUGAAUGCGUUGAGGCCAGCAUAACGGAAGGUAGUAAUAGCAUUCAUAGAGAGGCUUUGGUUAUUUGA